AUUUUCAGCAUUUCAAUUGUAAAUAAAAAAAUGUUUUCAUAUUCAAUUAUUGUUUAAUGUUUUCGUUCUCCAUCUACAUAACAUAAUCAUGAUCAUCUCGGAUUUCAUUUUGAUCCAUUUAUUCAUUCUAUUAUUGAUGAUAAAUUUAAGUCAAACAUUGCUUGGUAUCUGGUCAUUGGCCAUCUAUAUUCUAGUCAUUAUUGUUGCGUUUGUUUUGAUAAAAUUAUUAACUAAUACUGACAAUGAAAUAAUCAAUAUUUGGCAACGACCUUGUGCUGAUAAUCUUUGUGAAAAUUGGCUUGAUGAAAAACAUUUUGUCAAAAGUAUAGCCAAUGAUGAAAUGAAAAUAUGUUCUGAAUGUCAGGAACAAAAUUGUAAUCAACAUGACCAUGAAUUGUUUAUAUAUGAACAGCCAUGGAAACAUUUGUUGAUCGAUGAAAAUUUGAAUACAAAACUGGAAAAUUUAUUUGAAUUUUUAUUGGAAAAAUAUACAUCACCAUGGUUGAUGAAUAUAUCGUACAAUCCACGUUCGAUUUUGAUUAAAUUUAAGCAAUUAAUUCGUUUGGUCACCGCUGCAUUGAUAAUACGGAUGAAAAAUCAAAUUAAUAUUGAUAAAUUCAUAAUGGACAAAUUACCUGGACAUUUAAUACAGCAUUUGGAAAUGUAUAUCCAUGGAAAACGAAAUGCACGUUCGGCUCAUUUUCUUGAAGAAUGUGUUCUCAAACAAUAUGGUUCACUUGUUCAUCCGGCCGUAAUGAAUGGUGAAAAUGAGCUCAAAUAUUUCAAAUCAAUAGCCAAUAUAAUUAUGCAUACAACUUUACCACCAAAAUAUAUCCAAUGUGAUAUAUCAAAAUCAUUUUUGAAUGAAUUUAUUGCAUGUUGCAUUAUAAAUCCAAUAGUUGAUAUAUUGAGUGAUCCGGAUAAAAUCAACAUUAUUCUCAUCUAUUUAUUGGAUGAUGAUAGAAAUAAAUUUGAUCAUCAUCAUGAUAUUGAUGUCAAUAAUGAUAUUGCCAAUGUUUGUACAGUCAACUCUAAAAUUUAUUUCCUAAAUCGUUUCCAAAAUGUUUGUGAUUAUGAAAUUCAAAUCGAUAAUUCUUGAUGAUAAAGAAGUAAUGCUAAAAAUCGUUUCGGUGUUCAAUUGAAACAGAUUUUUCAUGAUGAACAUUUGCUAUUUUUAUUCACAAAAUUUGCACGUGAAGAAAAUUUUCUCAAUUAUCUACAAUUUUCAAUGCAUAUGGAUUCAUUUUUAAAUUUAAUCAUCAAUCCGGAACUACGUUCAGAUCAAUUGAAAAAAUUACAUUCAAAUCUUAAAUCAAUUUAUGAUCUAUAUUUUAUUCGUGAAAGUCGUGAUUUUAUUGAUUUUGAUGAUGAAACAAUUCAAAAUGGAUUUCGUACAGUAAUUGAAGAUACAUAUGAAAAUGUGGAUCAAUUUCGUAAUUGUAAAUCAUUGUAUGAAGCCAAUGAAUUUGUCAAUAAUGUUUUAGAGAAUUAUGCACAACAAUUUUUUCAAACAGAAUCUUAUUUAGAAUUGAUUUGUGGACAUCUUAACAAUAAUAACGAAUAUAAGGAAUCAUUGGGAAAUGAAAAACUUAAUGUUGAUUCAAUAAUGCAACCAACGAUUUCGAUUGAUAUUAAUCAAAACAUACAACAUCAUCGUGGCAAUAAUUAUGAACAAAUUGAUGUGAUAGACAAUGAUGAUGAUACAGCAUCAUUUAAUGAAGAUUUAACUAAUUGGCGUGUAACCAUACCGCAUAUUUCUGCCCGUAUCGAUGAUAUAACAAAUCGUGAAAAUUAUUAUUUUGAAAUUCAUGUACAAAAACUUCAUUCACCAGAUGAUGUUGAUGAAUCUUGUACAUUGAUGAUCAAUGAAAGACAAUUCAAUGAAUUCUAUACAUUAGAAUCGAAAUUGAAAGAAUUUCAUGGUGAAGAGAUUGAUGCUAUUAGUUUACCAUCGCGUCGAACAUUUGUUCGUAUAACCAGACAAUUGUUGGAAACACAUAGAGAAAAAUUUGAAAAAUUUCUACAACAACUAUUAUCAAAUGCAUCGAUGAAACGUAGCCGUUUGUUUUAUAAUUUUCUAAAUUCACCCAAUGAUACAUUUGAAGGAAAUUUCAAUAUAACCAAAAUGAUUCGUAAUGUACCAUCAAAAUUUUCGAAAGAAAAGGGACAACAUUUAUAUUCAUUUUUAAAGAAUUUUAUUACUUCAUGUGAAAAGGAUCCAAUAACAACAGCAACAACAACAACAACAACAAGUGGCCAACAACAACAAAAGUCCAAAAAAAACAAAUAAAAAAUUCAAACAACAAACAGCAGCAGCAGCAACAACAAUCAAAUAAAUAAUAAAAGACGAAAAAGUUUCAUUGUUCAAUGGUGGCCAGAAAUCAUAUUGACCGAUAAUGAUGAUGGAAAUCAUAAUGCGAAAAAAAUUAAAACAAACAUUCACAACGAUCAAUAUGAUGACAAUGAUUGA